UGUUGUUUAAAUUUCGUAUCCGGCCGCCAAACACGAGGGGGUGGUGGUGGCAGGACAACAAAGUGUUUGUCCACGAUCGAUAAUUCGCCGCUCGUAUUGGCUGUCUGGUUGCAUAGACUAAGAUUCAUCACAGAUUGGACCACAGCUCCAUAAAAGACGGUUCAUUGUGUAAUUUGACUUGGCAGUGGACACCCACGUUUUUCUGUAGCUAAACACUGCAAAACAGCUGGUUAUCCCAGUAAAGAUGAUGCCCUACUGUGGAUUACAGUACCAUUCAUGACAAUGACACACCCACCAAGUAAAUGCACGCACCAAGCAGUUCUUCCACAUGAUCUCUGACAGGACAUCAAGUUGGACUAAACCUCACAGCCAACGCUCACUGAAAACACACUAAUUUCAAAAUCAACUUGAUGCUCAUGGAAAGAACAACCACACAAAGACUUAAAACCUAAAUCAACCUCAUACAGUAUGUUGGUUGGAAGAGAAUGCCCCCAUUUGGCCUACUGCGGCCCCGUAAUCCCUAUUGCACACGAACCCGAGCAGGAAUAGAACACUCACCUCCACCCAAUUGUCUUGGCGACCAACGACCAUGUCGUACCGCACACCCAAUUUCACCAUGCAGCAGAAGCUCUACUUCCUGCAGAGGAUCCAGGGGGUGGUGCACACAGUCCAGGACUUCAGGAAGGACACCAACACUACUGUGCACCGCAACGCUGUGUGGGCCGAGGUGGUGGAAGCCUUCAAUGCUGCCUUCCCCGACCGGCCACCGAGCUCGGUGGGCACCAUGAAGACCCUGUGGAAGAGGCUGAAGGUGGAGAGCCGCCAGGCGCUGCACCGGCGCCAGGAGCAGGUGGUCGCCGGCAUGCCUGUCACGGCCCUGACCGAGGUUCAGCGGGAGAUUACGGCCAUGGUACCCAGCCUCAUCUCCAACCAGGACGACAUGGACGGAGAGGUGGGCUACACCGGCCUCAGGCCUGGCUCCCCCACUGCAGUGACAUAUACUGCAGCGACCAGUGGGAGUGACCAGGACGAUGCUGAUAACAGUCACAAUGAGGAGAGUGAGAGUAAAGACCAGGUAGCCAUGAGCAUCGGCAUCGCCUCCUUCACAGCACUAGCAGGAAGUGACGGACCCCUGCGGAUCCCCUUCUCCACCAGCCAGCCCAACGCCUCCACUCUCACCCACAGUGAAACCUCCUGGUCUGGGACGUCCCCGUCCUUCCUCCCUCCGCCCAUCCCAUCUGCCUCAUCCUCCAGCCUGCUCACCUCUUGCCCCGUGAACUUUGACCUGCCCUACAUCGCCCGGGCCGCCCCGCAACCCCUCACCUCUCUGGCAGCAGGGCGGGGGUCUGAGGACCCACGCUACGGGCUGCGCAUGCUGCAACUGUCGGAGCUGGAACAUGAGCAGAGGAUGAGAGUCCUACAGAUGGAACAUAAGGUUUUAGAAUACAAGAGGAAGGCGGUGAGGCAGAAAGAGAAAGCCUACAGGCUAAAAAAGAGAUACUACCAGGCUAAGCUGAAGAAGAUGGGGGAAGAGGUACGAUCGUGCUCGAGUAGCGAGGACACUGAGGGCGACGAUCACGAUCAAAUCAUUUGACGGUUAUUUUGUUGUUGCGUUUAUGUUUUUAUGAAGAUGAUUUUUAAAGUUUCUGACAGUUUCAGGUAUUUGUGAAAACCUUAGUAAAAUCUUUUUUUUGGUAUUCCUUUUCAUUGCUGGUCUAGAUCUGUAGGAGUUUUAAUGGUCUGGUAGAGAUCUCUGAAUGUGAAAAGAGACCUGAAAGAGAGGAGACCCUCUGGAAACAAACUGUCAAAACUAGUCUGCUAAAACUGUUGUUUUCACCAGGGAAUGUCACUCACAGAAAAUAGGACUCAAACAACAUCUUGUUAGGAAUAUUUCUUAUUUUUAUGUUGGUAACCGAGGAGCAGCGGUUUCAAAUUCCCCCCAUGCCGACGGGAUAGCACAUACCCCAGAAUAAGCACACAAACUGACAGUCCCCCGUUCCUCUCUCCCUCCCUCCUUCCCUCCAUCAUUACAUUUCAAUGACUUCCCUCUUCUCUCUCACACUUCCUUUUCUCUCAAUGCAUUUUGUCACAGUGGGAGUCAGCUCAUACGAAACAUUACAUGUAAAAAAACUACAUUUGAACAAAUACCGCUUGCAUACUCUCACACAAAAUGACAAAGUAAUAAAUAAUAUAAAUCUUAUGUCUGUACAAGUUAAAGGUACUGCAAUAAUAAAUCAUAUAGAAAAGAACUGACCAGUGGCAAAAGAACUGGAGCAGUUGAAUAUAGCUAAGGAUGGAUAUCGGGGACCCUGGGGAGAUUUUUGGCAAUAAUACUGUCACAUUUAUAUUAACUUACCACAACCCAAAGACAUAAAAAGAUUAAAGCAGGUCGUUGAAAAGAGAUUUGCAGACCGCCGUUGUGAGAGACGAGUCGUUUUCUUUCUACAACCUGUCUUUUCGUCCUUCCUCUAAUGAGUAAUAGUCCCUCGGUUCCUUCCGUCUUUUUCACUCGUAUUUCUUUUUGACCCACUUUUUUUGCUGUUCCACGCGCCUGUUAAGUAUCGUGUUAUUACAUGUGCAAUGUGUUCUCCUGUUAUGGUCCCGGAACAACUGGUGCACAGGUGACGCGCUCCUCUGAUCUGCCUUUUAAUCUCCGAGCCAAUAUGUAACACCACUUUAGGACUUUUCGUGGUCACAUAAACGUGUUCUCUCUCUCUUUACCUCUCAUACCCCUGUAACCCGGUACACGUGACCAUUUUCCCAACAGAGGGUUUUGUACACUAAAAUGGACCAAAUAUCAGGCAGAGAAACUAUUAGAUAUGAAACAGUACUGGUGUUUUGUUUUCUGAUAUAUAGUAGCACAGAGAGAGAUGUAUGAUGCUGCAGAAUAGACGGCUGACAUUCAAAUGCAGUGGGUC